AUGGCAGGUGGACAGCCAGGAUCCAACUCUCGCGGCCGCGGUGGCAAGUUCAGAAAGUUCACCCGUGGAGGUGGCAAGCACUUCUCCCGCGAUCUCAGACCUCUCGACGCCGAUGGCAACGAAAUCGAUAUGUGGUCUGCCAACUCGAAGAAGAAGAAUGACGAAAGCUCCGAGGAGGAUUCUGAGGAGGAUUCCGAGGAAGAGUCCGGCUCCGAUGAAGACGGCAAGCCCCAGGCCGAGAUGUCCCGCGCCGAGCGAAAGGCUGCCGCUAAGGCCCGCAAGGACGCCGCCAUAGCCAAGAAGAGAGCCCAGGCCGUGGAGGUCGGCGACCUGCCCCCUUCCGACUCGGAGGAGGAGAGCAGCGAGGACGACGCCGACAUGCCCGCCAACCCCAACCAUUCCAAGGCAGCCCGUAACCAGACGAAGGCGCCAGUCGCCGCCCCCGAGGUUGACGAGGCCGCCGAGGGCGUCAAGAAGCUGGCUGUCGCUAGCAACCGCAAGGAGCGCGAGAGCAUGGAAGCUGCGCAAGCCAAGGAGAGAUACCGCAAACUGCAUGAGGCCGGCAAGACGGACGAGGCCAAGGCCGACCUUGCGCGCUUGAGACUCAUUCGUGAGCAGAGAGCUGCCGACGCUGCCCGCCGGGACGCCGAGAAGGAAGAGCGCGAAGCCCAAGAGGCCGCUAAGAGAAAGGAGAUUGAGGCGAAGGAGGCGAAGAAGAGAGAGGCCGCUCUCGGUCCCGUCAAGAAGGGCAAGAAGUCUAGCAAAUAA